UCCCUUUCUCUGGUACCAGAAGUUCCUCUUUGAGUUCAGGCUUGGAGGAAGCGAGAUAGAUGGCUGGUUGGGCGGCAAAGCAUUCUGUGGUGCUUCUGCUGGCAGCAUGUGCUUGCGCAAUAAAAUUCAUGGCAUCUGCUUCUCCCUCGAUGGAGGAUGGUUUUGAGAGCUGUGAGAAUAUUGUCCAGAGUUGGGCAGAUUCAUCUUCUACUUUUGAUGAUGAGAUUGAAGCAAAGCAAUUAAAGAGCUUACAAGACUUCCUUUUCUUCCUCCAUGUGCCCCGAACUGGGGGAUCUGCAUUAUCAAGUUGCCUUCUCAUGCAGCUAUAUCAUGACAAAGUUUGCCCCAUCACAUGUGACAGGCAAGGUUGGGAUUCAAGAAAAACAAAAUGCAGAGUGCAAAAUGUACAUGGUGACUAUAGCAUUGUGUCCAAAUUGCCAAAGAAAAGGACCUCAGUGGUGACGAUGGAGCGACACCCGCUGGAUCGAGUGAUCAGCAUCUACGAGUUGUCCACUGUAGCGGCGGCUAGAUGUCUACUUUAUCCUAACAUGACUUCGGCCAUGGAAGCAGCAGCUAGGGAAUGCUCUGAGCGACAUAAUUCUGUGUGUCUCUUGGAUGUUUGGCCCUUUAACCAUUUGAUGUCAAGGUUAGCAGUGGAGCUGUUUGCAAGAAGGGAUGCUAGGAGAAAUCAAAGCAUGAUAAGCGAAGAGAUAGACCCAUACAACGUCAACCAAAUUGCUAUGCCAUUACAAGACUUUGUCAAUGAUCCUCCUGUCCAAGAGCUGGUUCAUAAUGCUAUAACAUUGCAGGUAGCAGGAUUGACAGAGGGAUCUUGUUUGCAAGAGUCACGUGCAAUUCGCCGCUGCAUAAGAAUUCACCCGUCCCUCGGCAAUUAUGUGCUUGACGUUGCAAAGAAAAGGUUGGACAAAAUAUUCUUCGUUGGCGUCACUGAGAAACAUAAAGAGUCAAUGGAGAUGUUUGCACACAGUAUUGAAGCUGAGCUGGAAGCACUCUCAACAGCACCUCAAGCCAACAACGCAGCAGACUACAACACAGGAAAAAACUCUUCACUUAUGGAUGUUGAGACUGAAAAGCUAAUUCUCCGGCAGAAUGUCUUUACCCCAGAAUUUCGACAAGAGUUUCUCUUAGGGAAUCCCAAAAUGUCAAAUGGAAAUCAGAUGACUGUUGAAAACUUGAUGGAGGCUUAUGAUGCAUGUGCACUCAGACUGCAAGAACUUUGGACUUUCCAGGAGAUACAUUUUUUGAAAGAAGUUCAUCCCAUCAAAUUCUCAAAGAAGGCACGAAAACAAAUCCAGGAUAGUGUCAUCCAACAGAUUUUAUUGUUUAACAAUCUUGACAUAGAGCUUCACAAGCAUGCCAAGGCCAUUUUCAAACAACAGCAGGAAUAUUUCAAAGAAAAAUAUAGCAAAGUGGUGAGGCAAAAGGUUAGUGGCUUGAGCAAUUGGUUGUCUAAAAAGGUCAUUCUUGCUGCCGUAGUACUUCUAUGCAUUCUUGCUCUUCUCCUAAAUGCACAACGGAGACCCUCAAAGCUCAAGGAUAAUUAAUCAUCCUUGUACUUCAGGUAUUGAAGACCAUAAGUUUCCUGUUAUAUAUUUUAGGCUCUUUAAGAUGCUUAAGGUCUCAGGUCUAAUGACCAGUAUUGGAACUUGAGUUUUAGUUAUGGAACCUUAUAUAAUAAUGUUCAUUAAAUUUUGAACUUCAA